AUGUCCGACGAACACAACCACCUCGCCGAGUCCGGCGUGACAUUGCACUCCGACAGCGAAUUAUACUCUGCAGGCGAUGAUCUCUCUUCACCUCCCUCGUCAAACUCACCCGUCAUUCUCUACAAGCCCCCUACAGUGUGGUCUUUGAUACGGGGAGCUGCUAUCAACCUCCUACUACCUUUUGUCAACGGCAUGAUGCUUGGAUUUGGAGAGCUCUUUGCUCAUGAAGCUGCUUUCAGGCUGGGAUGGGGAGGUACAAAGGUCUUUCCCCUCUCGCGCAGAAGAGUUCACCCUAUCGGACCUGGUAUCGAGCUUCGAGAAAAGCCAUAUGCUCCUCGCCCUUCGCUGGACGAUUUUGCAAGCCUGGAGUAA